AGUGGCUUACAGCAUGCCGCCCGAGAGCAGUGUUCCCAUGGAAACAGAGCUCCCGUGUCUAUAGCAGAGGCAGGCUGUCCAGGCAAGUUGGGCUGUGCAGCAAGUGCUCGAAUUCGCGGCAGGGCCAGAUGAACCAUUGCCUUGUCCUUGCGGCCUUGGUGGCGGCUUUGGGCGAGGCAGCCCGAGAUGGAGAAAGGUCAGUGACGAACCAGGUUGGAGAGUUGCAGGACCAAGGGGCAGCUGCGGAGUAUGAGGAUGCUCAACAACAAGGGCUGCGGACGCUGGACGCUUUGUGGGCAACAACGCGGACACACUGUUCUUCAAUUGGCACGUUGCCACAAGAUGUUUCGAAAGAAUCGCUUUUGCAGCUGAAGGACUGCAUAGAAGCCGAAAAGCUUCUUUACGAAGAAAGGCGACACAUUUUGCAGGAGAACAAAGAAACAGAAGCUGAUUAUGCCGCAGAAUUGCUUGAAACGACGCGCAAGCUACGGGAGCUUCACACACACGCGCAUCAAGCCUUCGCAACGGACAUGAUGCAAGCUCGCCUUGCUGUAGAGCAGGAAGUGCGGUCAGCUGAAUCCGUGCUCAACAGCUUCAAAUUGGUAUCAUGAUCCGGGCGUACCUGUUUGGACAUUGAGACAGGCUUGCUUCUGAGCGUCUUAGAGCGUCUUAGAGUCUUGCUCGGCUUGAGGGACAGAAAAGCGGUAAGUG